GCGAAAUCUUUGGUUUGGAGCAUGUGGAUGGAACCUAUGAUGAUGCGCUUAAACGGUGGUUUGACCUUGGAAAAAUUGAAAUGGCUCCGGAAAAUGAAAUCCAAAAAAAUUGGACGGAGCCAAUUUUUGACAGCGAAAUUGCAGACUUGAUUUUACGACUCGAACCAACGGACGUGAAAAGGUUCAACGCGUUCCAAGAUAGAUUUGGAUCCCAAUGGUUGAACGUCAUCCCCUGCAAAAAUUUAAGGUUAAAACUGUCGAACCAACAACUCAGAAUUGCGAUAGGACUUCGAUUAGGAUCAAAAAUAUGCGAACGGCAUAAAUGCGUGUGCGGAAAAGACGUUACCGAGGAUGGUUGGCAUGGUCUUUCUUGCCUCAAAAGUGCAGGGAGAUUCUCUAGGCAUUCAAACCUGAAUGCCCUUAUAAAGCAGAGUCUAUCAUCUACUCACAUUCCGUCUGUUUUAGAACCACGACACCUCUACAGGACCGAUCAGAAGCGACCAGACGGUUUGACGCUCGUUCCAUGGGCUGAUGGUAAGCAGCUCUUGUGGGAUGUAACGGUAGUAGACUCCUUAGCCCCUUGUAGGAUUAAUGCCGGGUCUGUUUGUAACCCUGGUACGGCUGCCGCUGAAGCGGAAGAGCGAAAAAUUGACAAAUAUAAAGAUCUUGUAAAUGAUGGAUAUCUUUUUCAACCGCUAGCUUUUGAAAUUCAGGGCGCGGCCGGCCCCAGCAAAGAAGUUUUUUUGAGCAAGCUUUGUAAGAACCUAAGCAUAUGCACUGAGGAACCCAGAGCAGGCAGCUUUUUAAAACAGAGAAUCUCCCUGGCAAUACAGAUUGCGAACGCCGCUUGCGUACUCGGAACAAUAAAUGACAAAAUAACUUUCGACGAAAUUUUUUACUUGUAACACUUGUAUAUUAUAUUAUCUCGUGUCGAGUUGCGUGUUCUUAUUGAAGAAGCGUAACCCGUAUCGAUUUUAAAUGAAAAGGACUUAAACACUUGACAUCUUCUUUUAUCAUUAUCACUUCCAUAUCUAGAAAAUUCCAAGGAUUUUGACUGGAAUACAUGAUGAAGGGACUCAUGACUGUAACCUCGGUUACUAUGAUACUUUUGACCUUCUGAUUACCGAAAAAAAAAAAAAAAAAAAAGAGAAUUAUAGGUUUUUAAAUGAGUUCGCUGAAAGCAAGUGUGCUGCCCAAACUUGUUACAUCGCCCACUGAAUGGGAUCUGGAUGAUGAUGUUGAAAAUGAGAUUUCACGUCUAGCGGAGACUACCUCUUCUCCGAUAAAAGCUAUCAAUGGUCAGCGCUGUGAAGGUGACGAGAACUCUGAUGAAGAUCAGUUCCUAAACUCGGUUGAUCUUUUUGUGAAAGAAGAUAUGAAUACUUCGUUGAAUAGCAACAAUGAUUCUAUUGUCGAAUCUGGAGCUUCGAAGUCUUCCAACACUGCUGAAGGAGUCACCGAGAGGUCAGCAAUUGAGGAGGCUCUUUGUGCUAUUGAAGAGCGUGAGAAAAGCCAGGAUCCCAUUUGUGAGUCUUCUGAGGACUCAGAGAUAGAUGUUGAUGCGAAGUCUUGGAGGAGAAAGCCAAACAGCGAGAAAUCUGGGAUGGCCCUGAAAGAUGCCAAGUUUAUCUGGUCUUCCACUGUGGUGAAGGACAAAUCACUUAAAGGGCCUGUGAGUCAAACUAGCUGGUCACCGAAGAAACCAAAGAAAGUCGACCAAGCAAAUCGAAUACUCGAAGAGUACGGUUCCAGUCCACAGUCUCAGCAGAGAGUAGAAGCCAUGAUGAAGGCACAGCAACUGGCACUGAGCGAACACAACAGCGUCUCUGGACAUGCAAAUCGCGAUUGCCAAUUGAUUGCUAAUCAAUGUCUUUCUCCACUCGAAAAGGAGCGGCAGAAUCCUGCAUAUUUAAACGAAUCUGAGCAAUUCAGAGAACAGAACCAGCAUAACAUUAGGAGAAAUGAUAGCAGUUGCGCUUCAAGAAGCGCAAGUUGUCAAUCUGCUUACGCUCAAAAUCAAGCACAAUCGCCGUGCUGCAAAAUGAACAAAAAUGAACCGCGCAACUCUUUUGGACGAGAGUUUUCGAGAAACGACAGAAGUGCUUUAGCGAGUUUCUCUACCCAGCCUUUGCCACCUGAUUCUGGCUACUCUUUUAACGACAAUAGAGGUAAUUCUAGCUCGAGAAGUUACGACUUCAUGCGGGCACCAUUGAACAAUCGAGAGAUGCGCAAUACUUUGUCUCAAAUGUCGAGAGAUUAUGUUAUCAGAUCGCGGUAUGGAUAUGAUGAUGCGUCUUCUGUGCCAUUUAUGGGAGGAAGUCGGGUCAAGCGAGAGCCAGAAAGUCUGGAGGAACGGUCGAAUAGUCAAUUAAGAUAUCUGCACGAAAUGAAAGAAGCAACUAUUAGGCAACAAAGGGCGAAUUCUGUGUGUUCAGGGGGCCAAGAUGAAAGCAUGCAAAGUAGAAUGAGUUAUCUGAGUGCCUUUUCGGAGUCUGUGAGCGGAGAGACUUCCCGAUCUGUUCCUGAAGAUGAAGGAAGAGACAUUUUGGCGGGAUUCACCUGCUUGGUGGAAAACUUGCCCAGGGCUCAAAGUACACUUGUAAGGAGUUUUAGAAUGCCUUUCGUGUCAAUUUAUUGGUUAGAAACCGAAUUAGACAAAUUGAAAACUAUCGAGCGAAUAAGUAGACUGUAUGUGAUUGUUUUAGAAGAGUACGGUUCCAGUCCACAGUCUCAGCAGAGAGUAGAAGCCAUGAUGAAGGCACAGCAACUGGCACUGAGCGAACACAACAGCGUCUCUGGACAUGCAAAUCGCGAUUGCCAAUUGAUUGCUAAUCAAUGUCUUUCUCCACUUGAAAAGGAGCGGCAGAAUCCUGCAUAUUUAAACGAAUCUGAGCAAUUCAGAGAACAGAACCAGCAUAACAUUAGGAGAAAUGAUAGCAGUUGCGCUUCAAGAAGCGCAAGUUGUCAAUCUGCUUACGCUCAAAAUCAAGCACAAUCGCCGUACUGCAAAAUGAACGAAAAUGAACCGCGCAACUCUUUUGGACGAGAGUUUUCGAGAAACGACAGAAGUGCUUUAGCGAGUCUCUCUACCCAGCCUUUGCCACCUGAUUCUGGCUACUCUUUUAACGACAAUAGAGGUAAUUCUAGCUCGAGAAGUUACGACUUCAUGCGGGCACCAUUGAACAAUCGAGAGAUGCGCAAUACUUUGUCUCAAAUGUCGAGAGAUGAUGUUAUCAGAUCGCGGUAUGGAUAUGAUGAUGCGUCUUCUGUGCCAUUUAUGGGAGGAAGUCGGGUCAAGCGAGAGCCAGAAAGUUUGGAAGAACGGUCGAAUAAACAAUUAAGAUAUCUGCACGAAAUGAAAGAUGCCACUAUUAGGCAACAAAGGGCGAAUUCUGUGUGUUCAGUGGGCCAAGAUGAAAGCAUGCAAAGUAGAAUGAGCUAUCUGAGUGCCUUUUCGGAGUCUGUGAGCGGAGAGACUUCCCGAUCUGCUCCUGAAGAUGAAGGAAGAGACAUUUUGGCGGGAUUCACCUGCUUGGUGGAAAACUUGCCCAGGGCUCAAAGUACACUUGGUGAUUUGAAGAACAUGCUUAAAAACUCCGGAGUUGACUACACUGGCUUCCGCUUCCGUCCCCGAUUCGGCUCUGCUCUAGUCUCCUUUGGCGACUUCUCAGAAGCGGACAGGUUCCAAAAACUGGCAUCUGCUUACGUUAUCGGAGGCGAGAGACUGUGCUGCUAUGUGCGAAGUCCAUGAAAAGGGUUUCUUUUGAAGAUUUCAAUAAAACACAUCUGACUUGAGUGCUCAUAAAGCAGUAUCAAAAU